AUGGGUGAUACAGAGUACAUACUGGCCUUUCAUAGGAUUGUAAUGCCCAUUGCUUAUGAGUUUAAUCCGCAGCUGGUUUUGAUAUCUGCUGGUUUUGACGCUGCUCGUGGAGACCCACUUGGAGGCUGCCGUGUCUCUCCGGAAGGCUACGCUCACAUGACACACCUCCUGAUGGGUCUGGCAGGUGGCAAAGUAGUGGUCGUUCUGGAGGGUGGCUAUAAUCUGACCUCCAUCUCAGAAUCCAUGUCUAUGUGUACUCGGACACUUCUCGGAGAUCCCCUUCCUCACUUGUCUGACUUGCAUCCUCCCCGUCCAUCAGCACUGCGUACAAUCUCCAAUGUCCUAAGUGUCCAUCACAAAUACUGGCUCAGCCUCAGGUUGAAAGUUGAGCCACCUCCACCCUCAGAGGUAUCAAAGAAGGUGCGUUGGACACCACAGAAGGAACAUCCAAGCAAAGUCGUACCUACGGUUGAGUCUUCAUCCUCCCCACAACUCAAGACCCCUUCCCCUGGAAGGAAUAUUGAAGAAACACAGAGUCCCCAGAAAUUAGAUUUGACUGGUUUCAAAGCUGAUGAUGAUAUUCUGAACCCCAGGUCUGAAAUUGUGGAGGUGAAAGGUUCGCCGCCUGUAGCCUUCAGGAAUGAGUCCAAUGACAGUGUCUCCAGCAUAGACAAUUUUUCUGUAACCUAUUCUACAGAAGAAAGUAUGGAAACACCAUCGUGGAGAACAGUCAGACCUUGGGUAGUGUUGUGGAGCCUUCACCUCAAAAAUCAGACAGUACUGAAAUAGCUAAACACAAACUCAAAGAGACCUCAAAUAAUAAGGAUGAAGUCUUCAAUCCUCUCUUAGCUAACUUAGCUGAAGUAGAGACUAAAGAAGAGUUGACGGUUGAGGUGGAGGCUCUUGGCCAAGAUUCAGUGCACAUAGGUUCUAAUGAAGGCGAGUCACUGGGGACAGUCAUUGAAAUACAGGUUUUAGAAACAACGCAAGAUAUUUUGAUGUCUGAUGACCGGCCUGAAAGCUCUGUGGAGGAACUGCUUAGAGACUUGAAACUGGAUGAUAGUAAAAACACAUCAGCCGCAAGUAUUAGUGACAGUGAACCUGCUGGUGGGGCGAGAAAGAAGAUAUUUGCUGUAGUACAGCAAGUGGCUAAUAGUUCAGAAGAAGCCUCUGGGGAAAUGUUUGCAGUGACACCACUUUCCUGGUGUCCUCAUCUGGAGUCACUCUGUGAGCUGCCCCCUUGUGGGCUGGAGGUGACACAGCCGUGUGCUGCUUGUGAUACAGACAUAGAGAACUGGGUGUGCCUGACAUGUUAUGUGGUUCUGUGUGGGAGGUAUGUCUCUCAGCACAUGGUAUCUCAUGGAGUUUCGUCUGGUCACAACCUUGUACUCAGCUUCUCUGACCUGUCUGUCUGGUGUUAUGGCUGUGACGCUUAUAUUCAUAAUGAGGUUCUGAUUCCAGCAAAACAGUCAGCCUACUACUCCAAGUUUGGCGAGGAAAUGCCUGGAGCAUAA